CUGGAUUUUAAUAAUUCUGAUCUUCCCUUGCUCAUUGGAAAAACUACACACUGGUAUCCAGUUGUAAACAUCUCACACGUGCGAAAAUCUUGAAAUAUUGAGUUUUAAAACUCAAUUGUGAAGAGGGACAGAAGAGUUUAAAACUAUUAACAAGAAUGAAUACUCCGUGCAUGAAACCUAGUAAAUUUCACCAAGCUUUAUCACACAUCGACAAUGAGUUUAGAGAUCCUAAGAUUCUAUUAGAACAAUACCCAACAGAUAUUCAAACAACCCAUGAAUUAAUUUAUCUUAUACAAUCACAGUAUGGAGACAUUGAAGGAAAGAUGAUAGCUGACCUAGGAUGUGGGGUUGGUGUGUUAGGUAUAGGGGCAGCACUUUUAGGGGCCAGUUAUGUCCUUGGAGUUGAUAUAGAUCGAGAUGCAUUAGAAUUAUGUCAAGAAAAUAUUGAGACAUUAGACCUUGAGAAUAUUGAUUUACUUCAGUUAGAUGUUACAAAUUUAACACGUGAACACAGCAGUUCUACUGUAGAAAGUGAUUCUAGUGAUAUUGGGAAAGAUUGCAGUUCAAUCUCAGGAAAAUUUCAUAAAUGUUUUGAUACAGUUAUAAUGAAUCCACCUUUUGGAACCAAAAACAAUGAAGGAAUUGAUAUGAAAUUUGUGCAAAUAGCACUUGAUAUGGCAAACAAUUCAGUCUAUUCAUUUCAUAAAACAUCAACGCGGACAUUUAUACAGAGGAAAACUAAAAAAUGGAACAUAGGAAUGGAAACACUUGGAGAAGUUAGAUUCCUGAUUCCACAGAUGUAUAAAUGUCAUAAAACUAAAUCUGUCGAUAUUCAAGUAGACUUUAUUAGAUUUUAUCAUAGAAUUAAACACUUGUUAUACAACUACAGUAUAUCAAACUUAAGUAAGAUUUACAGAAUGGACUUCGACUUAUCAGAUUGGACAGUGGAUAGCAGUGCAGUACAGUUGAAUAAACAAUUAUUUGAUUCUACAGGAGGUCCCUUAAUAAAUGACUUAUUUCAAAAGCAUCAACUUACUACCUCAUCUGUUGUGAAGGUGAAAAAGAAAAAAAGAAAAAGCAUAUUACAAGUCGAUGAAGAUAUACAAGUAAAACAAAGGAAGAUUGCUGAGGAUAAGAAAAUAAAUAAUGGAAUUACAGAUAUUAAAUCUAAAAAGUUGAAAACUGAAAAAAAGCUGGGAAAGCUGGAACAAUUUCAAAGUGAAGGGAAGAAUAUUGUAGAAGAGAAACAAAGUAAAACACUGAAAAAAUUGAAAAGGAAACAUGAUCCAGAAAAUCAAGUUGAUGAAGUUAAUCCUGAACCAAUUGAGAAAGGUAAAAAGAAAAGGAUGAAAAAAAUGAAGAAAGAAAAUUGUGAAAAUGACAAUGAUGUUGAACAGUCUGGUGGUGAAAAUGUUUUGAAUUCAGAAACUUCUGAAAUUGAUGCAAAAAAGAAAAGAAGAAAAAAGAAAAAGAAUUCAAACAAGAAAAAUAAGUAUAAACAUUUGGAUGAAAUGAGGAAAGCAAAAACAUUAAGUUCAACUGAUGAAAUAGUUCAUGCUGAACAAACUACAGGUGCUUGUUCUGAACAUAUUAAAACACGUAAAGUGAAAAGUCCUAAGAAGAAGUCAAAAGAUGAAAAAGUUCAAUCUGAACAAACAACAAAUGCUGAAGCUGCUAAAACAUUAGUUCAUUCGGAACAAACAAGUGGUGCUGAUCAUAUUAAAAUAAGUAAGGCAAAAAGUUCUAAAAAGAGGUCAAAAGAUGAAUUACUUCAUUCUGGACAAGCAAGUGCUGCUGACAAUAUCACAAUAUUAAAGCGGAAAAGUUCCAAGAAGUCAAAAGAUGAAAUAGUUCAUUCAGAACAAACAACCAAUGUAUCUUCCAAAGAUAUAAAAUCACAUUUACAUAAGAAAAAUAGUUCACAAAAGUCAAAUAAUGUGUCAGAAAUUCCACAAAGCAGUAAAAAGGUUAAAGAAUUAAGCAAGACAGAGGAGUCUGUGAAAACAGUUCCAGAAGGAAAAAAAUCAUUAAGUGACUUUGAAAAGUUUAAAGCUUAUAAAACUGAAAAACAUAACCUCAAAGAUGAUAAAGCAAGUAAAAAGUUACCUUUUAAGGUAUCAACCCUACAAAAAGUUCUAGGUGAAAGUAUCAGUUCAAAGGAUAAUUCUAGCAGUACAGGGAAAACAGAGACUGGUUCCCAGUCUACUGGUAAUCAGGUGGACAAGAAAGAUAAAGAUGAACAUAACACAGAGAAAGAAGAGAAAAAGUCAGGAAAAGACAAACAUAAGCCUCCAGUAUCAUUACGUGAAAGAAUGAUGGACCAACUGAAAUCUGCUAGGUUUAGGUUUAUUAAUGAGCAGCUGUAUACCCAGACAGGAUCUGAAGCAGUACAGUUGUUCAAGGGAGAUACAGAAGCAUUCAAUUGUUACCAUGAAGGUUUCCAGAACCAGGUGAACAAAUGGCCAACUAAUCCAGUAGAUCUUAUCAUCAAACAGAUCAAAGCAGGAGCCAGUACAGCUGUUAUAGGAGAUUUUGGAUGUGGAGAUGCUAAGAUAGCCAGAAAUGUACCUAACAAAGUUCACUCCUUUGAUCUUGUGGCUUUGAAUGAACAUGUGACAGUGUGUAAUAUUGAAAAGAUUCCAUUGAAAGACAGCUCAUUAGAUAUUGCUGUGUUUUGUUUGUCUUUAAUGGGGACAAAUUUGGUAGAUUAUUUGACAGAAGCUAACAGAGUGUUGAAGAAAGGUGGAGUUUUAAUGAUAGCAGAGGUAACCAGUAGAAUACAGAAAACAGGGAAAUUUAUAAGGAAUAUUGAAAAGAUGGGUUUCCAGUUUAGCAGCAAGGACACAAGUAAUGCAAUGUUUAUACUGGCUGACUUUAAAAAGAUUGGUACACCAGAAGAACUCACACCUAGCAUACAGUUAGAUCCAUGUGUUUACAAGAAAAGAUAAUGUCAUACAUAACAUACAGUUAGACCCAUGUGUUUACAAGAAAAGAUAGUGUCACAUAUUUGUUAUAACAAGACAAUAAAUAUGAAAUAAAUGUAAUGAUAGUAAGACUAAAGAGAUCUUAUAAAAAAGUCAGUUGGCCUUUAAGGAAUCCUGUAAAUAGUGUUAUUCAUACGAACCAUGUUGAUGCACUAUAUUUUGUAGCCUUAACACAAAGGUCAUUCCCUGAGCUGCUCCAAAUGCACUCAAAUUGAAAUCGAGUUUGGUUUUAUUUCAAAAUAUUUUGAUGCCAAUUUUGAAUUAUAAGUAUUUUUUACAAUUUGCUAAUAAAGACCAAAAUUUUGUUAUAUGGGGUUUUGUGAGUGGCACCUACUUGUUUUAUUUCAAUUCGUUUCAAGUACAAUGCAUGUUAUUUUUAAAAUGGUAAUGUUAUGUGAAUGAGGUGCAAAUGGUUUUAUUUAAGUUAAUAAUUUAGUAAGGUUAAUAGUUGCGUAUGUUCUUGUUUUUUUGUAGAAUGCUGUAAUUAUACCAACUGUACACCAC